AUGGCGGCUCCUAAGUUUGAUCACAAUCAUGCUUUGUUUUUGCAUCCUUCAAACAAUACUGGUGCAUCUAUCAUUCCUAUACAACUAAUUGGAUCUGAUAGUUACUCAAUUUGGAGUAGGGCAAUGCGUAUUCAAUUGCUUGGAAAGAACAAGUUGGGGAUUGUCGAUGGCAGCUUGAAUAGGGAGGAUUUCGGAACAGAUUCUGUUACUCCGAAAUUGCACAAAUGUGUCAUUUAUGCAACAAGUGCGAAAGCAGUUUGGAAAGAUCUCAGGGAGCGUUUUGAUAAGAAUUUGUUGGAUGAAUUUGCAAGUAUUAUACCACCUUCCUGUAAUUGUCCUACUUCUAAGAAUUUUACAAUGCAUCUAGAGAAACAUAAAUUGGUGCAAUUUUUGAUGGGAUUGAAUGAGAAUUAUGAUCAGUCACGCGGUCAAGUUCUCAUUGUUGAACCUACUCCUACGAUCAAUAAAGCAUAUGCAAUGCUUAUUGAAAGGGAAAGUCAAAGAUCUCUAUCAUCCUCGAUGAGUGGUGAGGAUACAAAUUUGGCUGCUUUCAUGGCAGGCAAAAGGAUGCCUAAUUAA